CUGAUUUGUAUCUAAAAUAUAAACAUUUCAAAAUUGUGAUGUGCAUUAAUGUGACACGAAGAAAGUUGAAAAUCGGCUUUGUAAAGCUUGAAAGUUAAGAAACAACCUCGUUACUGCGCAUACUCAGUGUGAAAUCUGUUAUUAUUGAGAAGGCCGCACUACUUUUGAGAAUGAAUGAAACUCUUUUUAGUGUAUCUCGCAGUAAGAAACUCUUUUUGGUUUCUUCUCGCAGUAAAAUUUCUUCAGUGGCUUUAUGAGUUACUUGUUUUUUUCAUAGAAAGUUUUAUUUAUAAAAACUCGGAGACUUUUAGUUUAGUGCAUUUUAUUUGGAAUAUUUACGAAAUUGAAUAUUUGGAUCUAGUUAAGACAAUUUUUAUUUUUGGAUAUUUUACUAAAGAAGAUUAUUUACUGCAUUCACAUAGAAAGAUUGCUUCCAAUGAGCUCAUGUUUAGAGAAAUUACAUUCUCUAACAAGAUAAUUUAUUCUUGAGAAAUCUGAAGACAUGUUUGUAGAGGCUCUUUAAUCUCGAUCUCAUAGGAAUUGUGUUGGAUAUUCCUGAAUUGUUUACUUGUGGAUUACAUCCUCUGAUUGGCCUCCAUGAUGGUCGAAGGAUGCGCCAAAGGGGUGAAGUAUGGCCUCUUCGUCGCCAAUGCAGUUAUACUCAUUGGAGGCAUUGUUGUAUUCAGCGUGGGAAUUUGGACGCUCGUAGACAGGUCAUUUAUGGAAAGACUGUUAGGAAGUGACUUGUAUGUAAGUUCAGCAUCAAUACUUAUUGCAACUGGGAUCAUUGUCAGUAUAAUUUCUUUCCUUGGCUUUGUGGGAGCAUUUAAAGAAAUAAAAUGUAUGCUACUAACGUUUUUCAUCAUUCUCUUCAUGAUAUUCAUUGUAAUGCUUGUAGGAGGAAUUCUGGGAUAUGUUUUUAGAAGCGAAGUAGAUGACCGUAUGUCAAACGAGAUGCUGAUGACCAUCAAGCUGUAUCAGAAUGAUACUCAAGUCACUGAUGCUUGGGAUGCAGUGCAUACCAUCUUUCAGUGCUGUGGCAUGUCGAUAGAAAAAAAUCCAGGCUAUAUGAUAUGGUCAAAGCGCAACGCUCACUUUGGAGGAAUUUACAAGAUACCAGCUACAUGCUGCAAAACCAAAGAUGAGGGAUUGCGAGAUAACUGCCAAAAAGAUCCCAACGAUAGCAAUGCUUAUUUGGAGGGAUGUUAUGAGAAGAUGAAAGAUUUUGUUGAAAGACAUGCCAAAAUAGUUGGAGGUAUUGGAGUUGGAAUAGCUUGCUUAUUACUUGUUGGCAUGGCCCUAUCUUGUGCUUUGUUCUGUCUUAUCAAGUAAAACCAUUUUUGGAAGUGUGUUGCAUGCGUGUGGAUGAAAGAAGUCAGAAUGGAACACUUAACAUUUUUGAGAUUCCUUCCCGUCUUCAAGCAGCCAUCCGUAAAGAAAAAAAGACCAUGAGCAGUUUUUACAGUCAGCAACAUCAAACCAUUUUUCUUGCUUUCAAUGUACUCUAGAUUAAAACUACUCAGAACAAUAAUUGUAUAGUUAUACCAUUCUUCCUUGCACAUUAUUUUCAUUCAAACAUUUUCAGAUAUGCACAUUUGUAUAUUAUUCCCUAAUUUUGUGUCAACUUAUAGAAUUUUAAUUUGCCAUUAGACAUACUAACAAAUCUGAAUCAUAUGUUAAUAUAUCAAAUUCAUGUCUUAGCAUUUUAAUUUAAAGAAAGGAAAAUGGACUUGAUGAUUUUUACCAAUGUAACCAGCUGCUGAAGAGCUCUCCGAAAAUAGUAUUACACCGUUGUUCAAAAAAAGAAAAAAAAAGAAAGAAAAACCAUAAUAUCCGUUCCAUGUAAAGUGAUAAAUCUUGUUAUAAAUAUCAAAAUAAAGAGCGAUUUUUACCAUGUUAAAAUUGGUUUCGCUGAAUACAACUGUUUGAACUUUAAAUAUUUAUUACCGUUGAUAUUCAAGUUAUAAAAAUUAAUAUUAGCUGUUUUCAGACAAGUUCUUCAGUUUUCCUUCCAAAAGUGCCUUUUUUACAUUGCCCAAACCUUUAACAUACGAAAUAUCCUUCAUGUUCUGUUGCCAUUGCUUCCAUUUUUCAUAACUUGUUAACAAAAAGUUUAAACUACUGUGUGAUAUGCGGAGGUCUGUCUUGAAACGUUAAUACUAUGCAAUUUUAAAAUUGCAUUCAAUAUAUCAGUAUUAUUUUACAAUAGUGCUGAAAGUAGUUCUACAUGCAUUUAUGCUGGAUUUGCAAGUGGACCACAACAAAAUGUUUGGUCAAAUAACUCACCAGUUUUAGAAUUUACUAUCUUAAUGAUUCGGUGACUGAGCACCUCACAGUUUAAGAUGAAGUAUUUAAAAGCAGUGUUCUAUUAAAAAUGAUUCAUGCUUUUAAUUAAUAUUUUUUUCUACGUGGUUACUAAUAUAAUUUAGUCACUGUUCUUUAAUCACAAAUAUUUAUGUGAAUGUUGCAAUAGUUAAAAAUUCAUUUAUAUUGGAAAGACAAACAUUCCUUAACUAUUUUUAUGACCACAGAUUUCUUUCCACGUAUAUUUUUGAUGUAAAGAGACAAAAAUGAUACCUUGCUUUUAGGCAAAGAUUAAUAUUGUUGAUGAUGAUCAAAACUAGUCUAAGUCUAAUAAGUUUGAUAUAUGCUAGCUUUAAUCAAAACCAGUGAUAUGCUAUUUACCAUUUCAGUAAUUAAUAAAAAUAUGCAAAGCAAUCGUGUAUUGCUAAUAUUAAACACGAAUUAGCAUUGUAAAAUCUACAAUACAUAUAAUAAAUUAAUUCAAUGUCUAUAAUUUGUAAUUAAAUGUUUUAUGUACUGUACAUGAAUCACACAUUAAAUUUAUAUGCAUGAAAUAUGUAUAACAAGUAUUUACAAAAAGAGUAAUCUAUGCACAUCAAAUAAUCAUGGUGUUCCCGUCCCAAAACUAUCAAUGUAUAUAUGACAGCAAUGUUUGCCUUUCCAGAAGAUGUUAAAUUUUUACUCUAAUGAUAAUGUAGAAUAUUUAAAGAUAUUUAUUGUAAAAAAUUAUUUAUGGCUCAUCGGUAACUUAUUAGCACAAUUUGUACAUGGAACAACUCAAAGUAGUAAAAUGCUAUCAUUGACAUUUUAAUUUUUCUUAGAUAUAGAUUUGUGUGUAGCUUAAAUAUAAUUGUAUUUGAAUGUUAUAUUUGUGGUUGUAUAAAUGUGUAUUUGAAUUUGUUAUUUAAAUAUCGUUUAAUAACUAUUUAUUUUAAUUGUAAAAAUGUGCUGUUUAUAAAUUUGUAGAUAAAUCUCAUUGAAUGGCGAUUCCAACUUAUGAAUAGAUUUUAUCUCUGACCAAAAAUUCAUCAGUUUAAAAUUUGUUUAGCAAUUACUACAGUUUUGUAACAUACAAUUUUACUAUUUAGAACUGCUUCUAGAGUUAAAAAGAAGCGCAUUGUGAAUGUAUUUAAAUUUGCAGUAUUUGUUCAUGCAUAAUGUUCCUGUUUACUUAAGUAAAUAAAUAUUUAUGCACUGAUUUUUAUUAGAAACACUGAAAAUAAGUUGUCUUGUUAUAUGUUUCAUGUCAGUUCUUUGAGUGUAUAUUAAAUGAUUUUAUUGGAAAA